AUGGCUUCCGUCGCCGAAGCUCGCAGGAGCCCCUUCUCCCCAGAUCCGCACAACCCAAACCUCCACAAAUCCAUACCCAUUCUGCCGUCUUCCGGCUCGACGCUGGCGCCGCCCCGAGAGAGAGAGAGAGACAGAGAUCCCAUGGACAUCACGCCCACGUCCACUUCAAUGGGCCCCCCAAGCAGCGCAAACGACCAGGGACGGACAAAUGGAGACGCCGGAAACAUUUCCCCCAAUGGCAAUUCCUCGACGCCCGCAGUGGGCGCCGCUGCAGCUGCGGCUUCAAACGGUCCCAAGGUGGUUCAGACGGCCUUCAUCCACAAGCUGUACAACAUGCUCGAAGACCAGAGCAUCCAGCACCUCAUCUCGUGGUCCAACACCAACGAGAGCUUCGUCAUGAGCCCCUCGAGCGAGUUCAGCAAAGUCCUGUCAUCAUAUUUCAAGCACACCAAUAUUUCCUCUUUUGUGCGACAACUGAACAUGUAUGGUUUCCACAAAGAUUCGCCGCUCUGGGAGUUCAAACACGGCAAUGGCAACUUUAAGCGCGGCGAUCUCGUUGGCUUGCGCGAAAUCAAGCGACGCGCUUCGCGGCAUGCGCUCAUUCACAGAGACUCCUUCUCAGCACCCAAGGUCCCUACCGGUCCGCCAGCCGGCCAGCCAGUCGAGCCGAUGCCGGAUCCGGUUGAGUCACGCCUCAACGCCCUCGAGCACAACCUAUACGACAUGCAUGCGCGCAUGCAGCGGUCAGACGACUCUUGCGCUUAUCUCAAUCAAAAGUCGCUGUAG